AUUGUCCAUUGUGUAUGCAAAAAGUUUAAAAAUUAAAGCGAAAAUAAACAAACAAAAUCACUGUGCAAUGGGAGGUCAAUUUUUUCGUCAAUAAACCACGUUGUGCAUUUAUUUAUUAAAAAGGCCGUGGAAUAUUUAAAUAAUAAAAGUCAUACUUGUAGCCAAAAAAAAGGUGAAAGUAUAGAAACCAAAGCAUUCAACUAACAAAAAAAAAGUCCGCUAUUGAAAUUUAAAAUCAAAAAAGAAGGACUCUCUUAUAAAGGUUUUGCCAGUAUUCAAUUGAAUACAAUUUAAUAAUGGAAAAAAUAACUUCAAAACAGUUGGAUGCAAAUUCAUGCUGCCAUAAAGUGAAAUAAGACAAAAAUCUAUAAUGGGUCAUAAAAGAAUCAUGUUGAGCCAGUUGAAAAAAAAUUAAAAAUUAUUGUGCAAAUAUUAUGCGAAUAUAUGUGUAUGUGGCUCCAUGUGAAAUUUGCUUUGGUGGCUCAGCGGUAGAAGUUUAUUUGCACAUAGAAAGUGUAUGAAGUUGGUGAUUUAUUGCUCACACACUUAUUAUCUACAGAAUAUAAUCGCUUUUUUCAUAUGAAAUGAAUGCUGCAACGUAUUUUUACGCAAUGGAAACUGAUCAAAAAGCAAGCAUAAAUUGUAUGGAACGUGUGGCAUCUGUGCCUAAAAAAUAAAUAAAUUUAUAGUUGAAUUAAAAAUGAGUACGGAUGAUGAAGAACGUGUUUGUUUGCGUUCGGAGGAAGAACGCAAUAUGGACGACAAAUUGGUGUGCGAGGAUGUGCAUUUGCGUACAUUAAGCCAAUCACCGUUGGCGUUGCAACGCCAACAACAACGCAGACAGAGUAACCAGAGUACGCGAAGUACAACAAAAUCCCUAACACCGAUCCAGCGACGACGCUGUUCAGGCGGAAAUGCUGUAACUAUUAGUAAUGAAUUUGAGCUUACACGACCUCCGCUGGCUCAACACGAGAUACUCGACAAUGAAGGAGGUGACGACGACGACGGCGACGACAAUGAUGACGGCAAGGGCGAAAGUGUACCGAAAUGUCAGCGAGUCAGUAUGAAGAAUACCGCAAAUAUGUCGCUGACCCUCGAUUUAACCGAUAACGGUGACAGCGGUGUGGGUGGUGAUGAUGAUAUCGACUAUUGCGGACUUAGCAAUCCUGCCGCACAAACCGACGAGGACAACGAUACAGCUGUGCAUGGAGAUGCGCACAAUGAGGAUAUAAUUGACUGUAGCAUAUUGCGGGUGAAGCAAUUACCGGAUAUGUCGAAAAUACCACGUCUGCCCGGUGAUGGUGCGCAAAUGGAAGACCAACGCACAGCCAAUUCAUAUCCCUCCGCUGCACCGACCUCCUCGAGUUUGAAGCGACCCUCCACGGUGUCGGGGCGUGGUACUGGUGGUAGCGUGGUUGGUGUUAAAAAUACCCCCCUACGAGUACAAUCGGUGCGCAUUGUAGAGCAGAGAUUGAAGCUGGCGCCGAAGAGACGUACCGAAAGCUGCAGCAUAUUUGGCAAUAUGAGCAAUUAUGACUGUGAAGCGGAUGAUGGUAAAACGAUAUCGCCAGAACCACGUCCUCUCAACAAUCAGACCUACGCAGCGUUCAAGAGUGCCAACGUUGUCAAGGGCAUAUUAUGCCCGUCUUUGACGAAUUCAUUUAAGCAACAUUCGCUCGAACGUUCCUACUUAACCUAUACGCAUCGUCAACGUCAAAAGUCUUUGAUCAUCGUGAAUUUGGUUGACUUCAUGCUGAAAGUAACGCUUGCAAUCAUUUGGUUUUCAAGACAACAAAAUCGUAAUGCCAAAGGGCUCAACAACAACAGCACAAUUAUCUAUUACGGUGAUGGUGAAGUGAAAUUGGCAACUGCAAUUACUUGGUCUGUUUGUUGUAUUGUUGCCAAUGUGGGUAUUUGUUGUUUGGGUUUUUGGAGAUGUUUUGCCAACAACUAUUUGCAUUGGGCUGCCGUCUGUACGUGGGUCCUGAUGAAUAUACAAGGUUUCGUUGGACAAGGUAUUGGCUUCACGUAUCGCGAAUACUUGGUCUGGUACAUCCUGUUCGUGAUAUUUGUGCCGUAUGCAAUGCUGCCACUGCCACUGAAAUGGUGUGUCGUCGGCGGCACCAUCACUGCUAGUUGUCAUCUGGCCGUAAUUACGAUAAUUAAAGUUAGACGAAAAGAACAAGCUGAUUGCAUUACAUUUCAAAUAUUUGCAAACUUCAUAUUGUACACGGCAAUUAAUGUGGCUGGCAUGUACACCAAGUAUCUGACAGAUCGUGGGCAGCGCCUUGCUUUCAUAGAAACACACAAAGCCAUGGAGCAUAAGAAGGAAUCGGAGAAGGAGUUGCAACGAACACAAAAGUUACUGGACUCAAUAUUGCCAAAUAUUGUGAACAACCAGAUACGUGCUGAAAUGUACAAAGGCACCGAUCCUACCGUCGAGACACAAUUUAAUAAGCUCUAUGUAUAUCCAAUGGAUAAUGUGAGCAUACUGUUCGCUGAUAUCAAGGGUUUCACUGAACUGGCGAGUAAAACUAAAGCUCAGCAGCUGGUCAAGAUUCUGAAUGAUUUGUUUGCGCGGUUUGAUCGAAUUGCAGAGGACAAUCACUGUUUGCGUGUGAAACUCUUGGGUGAUUGCUACUACUGUGUGUCACAAUUCGAGAGCGACAAUUGGAAGACUCGACCGGAUCAUGCGGUAUGCAGUGUGGAGACUGGUCUGCACAUGAUAAAGGCCAUUAAGGAUGUGCGACUAGAUACGCAUGUCGAUUUGAAUAUGCGCAUCGGCAUCCAUAGCGGCUCGGUGAUGUGCGGCGUAUUGGGCAAUAAAAAAUGGCAUUUUGAUGUUUGGUCCAACGACGUUAUUAUUGCGAAUCAUAUGGAAUCUGGCGGUAUACCCGGGCGCGUACACAUCUCCGAGGCCACGCUCAAGUGCCUCAACGAGGCCUACGAAGUGGAGCCGGGCAACGGCGGCAGUCGUGACAAUCACUUGAAAAUGCUGAACAUCAAAACGUAUCUGAUAAAACGCACCGAACCGUUAAGGCCGAAGCGUCGUUUUGGCACGCGCAGCAGUCAACAUUUGGCCAACACCAACAGCACGACGGCGGCGACCGCGAGCAGCGACACCAACACCCCAACAGCCGUCACAACACCCGCCGCCAGAAUGGAGACUAAAUCCUUUUCGGCAGCAGCAGUACUCGGCAAUGAUGCUCAACAGCAGCAGCAGCAGCAACAGCAGCAUAAGCAACAACAAUCACAGCAAACGCAAAACUUGCCGCCCACAGCACUUAAUGCGCUGCAAAAGAAGAAUAUUUCAGUAAACUCGCUGCCAAAUGUCAUGGAAGGUGUAGCAUUGAGUGGACUGGGUGGACGUGUUGGAUCUGGCGGCAAUGCGUCUGGUGGCAUUAACGGUAUUGCCGGCGGUGGCGGUGGUGUAGCCGAUUCAACUGGCCUGUCGACAGUCUCCUCGCCCACAACGAUGACAGCACCCAUAUCCGUGGUCGAUCAGCAGCCGCUAAAAUUGAAUGGCACAGCAGCGAGCUCACAGAAUCUGACAAGCACAAUCGACCCGAAAGCAUUAAUUAUUGAGGAUGAACCGACCACUGAAUGGACACCGGAAAUUCCAUUUAAAAACCUCAAUUCACCGCAGGACGGUCUCAAUCGUAGUGAUUCUGUUUUGGCCGAUAGUAAGCAAGAUCAUGGCCACUCAUCAACAGCGUUGGAUGAAGAGAUUGAUGAUUUCAUUGAGCAAAAUAUACAGAUAAAUUCCAAUAAAGAAAUCCGAAGAGAGUACCUGAAUACGUGGACCUUAAAGUUUAAAGAUCGCAGUCAAGAGCAGAAAUUUUGUCAAUUACGUGAGGAUAUGUUUAGAUCGAAUAUGCUUUGCAUUUUUAUCAUAUGGUUGUUCAUUGUGAUGUGCCAGGUCAUUAUCAUACCGCGUUGCACGAAACUAAUUAUUUGCCUUGUUGUUGGAACAAUCUGUUUAACAUUUUCCUGUGUGCUCGUCAUGGCUGAGGAGUUUUCAAAUUUGCCACUUUACCUGAAACAGAACUCUGCCAAACUUGUGCAUCAGCGACGACGUCGUACUUUCUUUAUUUGCCUUGUUAUUGUACUAAUGUCAGUUCUGAGUGCCAUUGGCUUGGGGCUUUGUCCCGACUCCACAUAUGCUUUUGACACUACAGAGGUCAACAACAUUACAACGACAACUAAUCACUUACUCGCUAAUAGUACCAGAAGUAUAAACAACAACAAUAACAAUGGUGUUAGUGCAUUAUUGGCAAAUGGCAGCGAAAAGGAAAUCAAGUUGAAUGUUUACUUAUCGGCAACAAUACAUCACAACAUCACCAUAAACACUGGGAAUGGCACAAUCGUCGAUACAUUCAUCACGGACAACCUCACAGCAGCACCAGCUGGUGAUCUUGUGCGUCAGAGCAUUGUAAAUGCGCUAAAUCUGUCGCAAACACCGAUAAAUCUGCUGAACAACACAACGAGCAAAACCUUGGAGACAUUUGAACAAUCGCCACGCGCCAUUUUAUUGGCCGCCGCUGCUGCUGCUGCACCGCUCACCAGUGCGAAUGGCAGUGAAAAUGAAUUGGAAUUGAUCGAUUUAAAUAGCAUAGAAUUUUUCAAUAGUUUAAAUACCUUGAAUAGUACGGAGAAUCUGCAAAUGAUUCAAAAUGAUUGCGCUCAUCCGGAGUAUAUCAUUUUCACCUGGGUGCUGUGCCUGGUCUCGUUGGCUACGGCGCUGAAGCUUUACUAUCUCAUCAAGACACUAAUGGCCAUGGCUAUGGUUGGCUGCUAUAUGAUUCUAAUAUUGACUUUUCCAACACUUUACUCAUCGUCAGCGGCGAAUUAUCAGUAUCAACGUAUGGCUCUGCCACUGGAUGUGCAGAUGCUUAUAUUGUUGUGCUCAUUUCUGGUUAUGGUGGGCUAUCAUGCCCGUCUGGUGGAGGUCACUUCGCGUUUGGAUUUCAUUUGGAAGGAGCAAGCGGAACGUGAAUUAAUGAAUAUGAAAUCGAAUCGUGCACUUAACGACACUUUAAUUAAGAAUAUUUUGCCUCAUCAUGUUGCCGCCUAUUAUCUCUCCGAUGAACACACAGAUGAGUUGUAUUCGAACAAUCACUCACUUUGUGGUGUUAUGUUUGCUUCAAUACCAAACUUCCAGGACUUCUAUUCGGAGGACAUCGAUAAUGGCAAGGCGUGUAUACGUAUUUUGAAUGAAAUCAUAUGCGACUUCGACGAACUUUUGGAAGAACCUCGUUUCGCCUCCAUUGAAAAAAUCAAAACGGUUGGCGCAACAUAUAUGGCAGCCUCUGGACUAAAUUCAAAACACUUAAAUGCACGCGGAGAAACGGCCGAAGAUAGCGUUUGUGAUCUGGUUGAGUUUGCAUUUGCGAUGAAGCAAAAGCUGGAAGAAAUCAACAAGGAGGCUUUUAACAAUUUUCAAUUGCGUGUGGGCAUCUGCAGUGGGCCGUUGGUGAGCGGCGUAAUUGGUGCGCGCAAGCCGGUCUAUGAUAUCUGGGGAAAUACGGUGAACGUGGCCUCACGCAUGGAUUCUACCGGUGAGAAUUGGCGUGUACAAGUGCCGACUAAAACUUCGGAACUGCUAAAGGCCAAGGGAUAUACCUGUGUGAAACGUGGCGAGAUUAAUGUGAAGGGCAAAGGCCUAAUGGUCACGUACUUUGUACAUCCGAAAGGCGUCAGUGAAAGUCAAUUAUCAUCACCGGUACGACUGCCAGCGGGUGUGCCGUUAACGCAGACGCCCAACUUACAGCGGCAGACCUCGCAUCAUGGCUCCUUCAGUGCGGUCGUAUAUGGCAUGUUGCAGGCAUCGAAACGUAGCACAACCAUAGCGGGCACACCGACUGGCACUCCCUCACCGCAAAUACGACGUGGUCGACGUGGUAGUACCUUCAGUUCGGUGCGUCUAUCGCAAAAGUCUACCACCAACAAUCCGGUGAGGCGGAAUACAACACGAGUGCGUGGUCGCUCAUAUCGUCAGAAGAAGAGCUCGUCCAACAACUCGAUAGUCACACAGACCAGUAAUUCAUAUAUAUCGUCCUUUAGGCGUAUCGAUCAGAUUGAAACGACGCUGUCCAAGAGUCAUAAUGAUGCUUUAUAGCCAAUGCGCAAUUGGGUGUAAGCUGCACCUGCGCAAACAGCAGCCACUUUUUUCCUCAUAAUAAAUACUUAUUUAAUUAACUUAAUGACAUAUAUAUACAUAUAUAUAUUUAUUAUUACUAUUACUUUCAAAA